CACCACCACCAACACCACCACGAUGAUGACUAGGACACGGCGCAGCGCACCAAGAACCUGGAGCGCAACCGCAUCGCCGCGUCUAAGUGUCGGCAGAAGAAGAAGGAAUGGGUCAUGGAGCUCGAGGAGACCAAGUCGGGCAUGGAGAUGCGCCACACCAACCUGCGCCUCGAGUACCUGGCGCUGCUCGACGAGGUGACGCGCAUCAAGAACCAGCUCAUGGCGCACGCCGCCUGCAACGACCCCAACAUCAAUUUCUGGAUAGAAAAGGAAGCUCUCCGCUAUGUUGAGCGCUGCAUGGACCCCCCCGCUGCCGCCGCCUCUGCUUCUACGUCUGCCGCUGCUGCGUCUACCUCCGCCUCUCUUCUCGACAGGCGUCCCUCGACGGCGCUUACGGAACCAGCAACUGCCGAGUCGUGCACUCUGCCUUCGCCGUCAGAAUCGCAGCCUUCCAAUCUGGAGUCGCCUGUGCCCAAGCACGAGGGCAUCAAUCUCGACUACAUGCCCGAAGAGCUGCUAUCGGGCGACGCUGUCUAGCAGUGAGCCUCCAGGAGAUGCUUCUCAGUUUGAGAAGCUCAAUGGCGGUAGUGCAACGAGAUCCACGGGAUUCUAUACCAAGAGGAGAGUGAUGGGAUGUGGGUGCCAUUGUGCGCCUUGCAGUGCACGCAUUACUCACUUGCGCUGGGCAACUCCAAACGAACCGUCGCGUUGGACGUGCCGGUGAGGGACGUGGCGAUGGUAACGCUACAACAAUUGGAGUUGGAGCAAGGCGCUGUCAAGCAGCCUUUAUGAUUGAGCUCUAGACAUUACCCAGCCCUGAUAUACGACUUGGCGAUUUGAGUUCAAGUCAGUCUUUGCUUAACGGAGUGGCGGGACAAAAAAAGGGAAACUCCAUAGGGAUGGACACUAUUCUUAUUAACGAGGUCUUUUAUCCACGCUGUACAAAGGGAAUUCGGAGCAGUCGAAAAUUGCUCCGAGGAUUGUUACAUACCUUACCCACCUAACCUUAGCUACCUUAAUCCUGAACAUACAUACCUCUUAUCU